UAUCGUUUUGACUGUGUUAAUGGUUUGUGAAGAUCGUAAAGUCGAUGCCCAAGAUCUUCGUUCGAAGCUGCAAAGGAAAAGUCUCCAAAAUGUGUCUCAAAGCGGAAGGGGAACUCUCUCAGGUGUACGCGAUCUUCGUGAAAAAUUAUCAGGAACAAUGAAUACACAGCCAAUAAAUGCUGAUCCACCGACACAGAAAGUAAAAGUUGCCCAACCAGCCAGGAAAAGUGUAGCAGUUGAAACUCCUGAACCAGAGCCCAAAGGGGCUGCAAAUACAACAGCAAGAAAGAAAGCUAAGCAAAAUACUGAUACUUCGGUAGAGGGCUUCCUCCAGUCUUUGGGUCUCGAAAAAUAUGCAAUCACUUUUCAAGCUGAGGAAGUUGAUAUGGCUGCACUUGUACACAUGACUGAUGAGGAUCUAAAAGUUUUAGGCAUACCAAUGGGCCCAAGGAAGAAGAUAAUUCUGGAGCUAGAGUCAAGAAGCUGAUAUUCGGAGUUUUAGCAACAAGUGGUUGUUGCCUGUUGAAUCUAAAGAUAUAUUAACAGUUGAUCCUAGGAUAUUGCAAGGCUAUGUUUUGGCUGAUAAGAACCUGCAUAUGUAGCUAUUCUUCCCGGUAUUUCAUGUUGAAAUUGAUUAACAAAAACAUGCCUUAGUGAGC